UGAAAGUCAAACAGUUGCCGCCGAAACGGGUUCUAAGGUGCAAAGUGAUCAACAAAAAAAAAAAAAAGUUAUUAAGAAUUGAAAAACAAAAAGUGUUAAGUAAAAUCCUUGCAACAAUGUGCGGCAUUCUGGCCAUAUUUUCACCCGAAGGACAACCGAUUGAGGUGCAAAACUUCAAGGGUAGUGAACAUAGUUUAAGGGAGUUGGCCUAUCGCCAGAGUGGCAAGCAACGCCAUCGUGGCCCGGAUGAUACAGGAGUCGAGAUCAUCGACGAACAAGGCGUGGCUUUGGUGCACGAACGUCUCGCGGUGAUUGGCGUGGAGACAGGACAUCAGCCGCUGUACUCUAAGGAUGGCAACAUCUCGUUGAUUGUCAACGGUGAGAUCUACAACUACGUGGAGUUGACGCAUCAGAUUGCCAAGCGUUUGCCUGGCUAUCAACCCAAGAGUGACAGCAAUGUGAUCAUCGAGUUGUACGAGCAACAUGGCCAAGAGUUGUUGCAACACAUCACAGGCAUGUUCAGCUUUGUGUUGUACGAUCGUCGCACGCGGCAACUGCUUGUGGCACGUGAUCCUUUCGGGAUUAUCCCUCUCUAUAUGGGCAAGGAUUUGCAGGGCAAUCUGUGGAUUGCCUCCGAGAUGAAAUGCUUGGUUGAGGUCUGCGAACAGUUGCAGAUCUUUCCACCUGGCCACUUGGCAGCGGGUACAGUGAAUCAUCUGAAGCCAGUUCGAUACUAUCAACCGAGUUGGCGUCAGUUGGUGCCCAACAACAAUGUGAACCUGGACGAGCUGCGUCGCCAGGUGGAGCUGGCAGUGCGUUCGCAUCUGCAGUGUGAUGUUCCCUUUGGUGCUCUGCUCUCGGGUGGCGUCGACUCCAGUUUGAUUGCCUCAAUUGCUGCCAGGAUAAUGAGGGAACGCGAUCCCAACUACAAGCUGCGCACCUUCUCCGUGGGCAUGGAAGGAUCUCCGGAUUUUGAGCAUGCUCGGAUGGUGGCUCAACACAUUGGCAGCGAGCACUCAGAGAUUGCUUUCAAUGUGGAGGAUUGCCUCGAUGGCGUACGUGAUUUGAUCUGGCAUUUGGAGUCCUAUGACAUCGCCACCGUGCGUUGCAGUCUCCCUAUGUUUUAUUUGGCUCGCCAUGUGAAGAGUACGGGUAUUAAGAUGAUACUCUCUGGAGAAGGUGCCGAUGAGAUCUUUGGCGGCUAUUUGUACUUCCACAAGGCGCCCAACUACGAGGAGUUUCAUCAUGAGAUGGUCACACGCUGCGAGCAGUUGCAUGUCUCGGAUAUUUUGCGGGCCAACAAGGUGACCAUGUCGAAAGGAUUAGAGCUGCGUGUUCCCUUCCUGGACACUGCUCUCGUUGACUAUGUGAUGAACAUACGACCGCAGGAUAAAAUUCCUGGACGGUUGAAUGAAUUCGCAGGCGAAGUCAAGUGGCGCAUGGAAAAGUUUGUGCUGCGUCAGGCAUUCGCUGGAGAUUAUCUGCCAGAUGCCGUGCUCUGGCGUCAGAAGGAACAGUUCUCUGAUGGCGUGGGUUAUGCUUUGAUCGAUGCUUUGCCCGAGUUUGCAGCUCGGCAUGUCACCGAUGCGCAGCUGCUGCUGGCCGAGAAGCGUUUUCCCAUCAAUCCGCCCAAGACAAAGGAAGGCUACUACUAUCGCUGCAUCUUUGAGGAGCAGUAUCCUGGAGAUGCCGCAGCAAGAACCGUGGAGAAGUGGGCGCCACGCUUGGACUGGGGCUGUCCGGAGGAUCCGUCAGGCAGAGCUCAAGCAGCGCAUGACAAAGCCUAUGGAAAGUGCUAGAAGGAAGUACAAACACAUUUAAUUAUUGAUUUCGAAAGUUUAUUUUAAUGGUGUUCGAGUAGUUUUCGUUUCUUAAUAAUAAGAGGUAUUCAUUUUAAUCUUAUGUCCAAAGCUAGAAACCUUAAGAAGUUUUUAAUUACUCUGUAUACUAUGUGGAAUUCUCUAAUAAUUAAAAGCAAUUUAUUUAUUUUUUUUUUCUAAUGUUUAUAUUAAUGGUGUUCUCAAGUAGUCUCAAUGCUAGAGAUCUUAAAAAAAAAUUACCUUAUCUAUGAAGAAUGCUAAAAUAUUUAAAGAAAACCUUAUUUUCUUAUUAUCAAAAGUCUCUUUUUAAAUUUCGCU